AUGGCGACUGAGGUGGCUGAGGGUGUGGGUACUGCCGACGGGGAGAAGGAGGCCGCCGGCGCUGCUGUUGCUGCUGCUGCUGAGCCUCCGAGCAACCCCAGCCGGGAGCAGCUCCUGGACUACAUCGUCGAGGUUUCCUUGCAGAAAAUUGUGGAAGCGGGAAGCUACAAUAGGUUUGCGAAGUGUUACAGUCGUCUUUACAAAGUGCAACCUGAACUCACCAAGUGUGUUUACAAUCAGUUUAUCUCCCACCUGCAAAUCUCCUUUCGGGAGGAGAUCCAGGAUCUGAAGGAAGAAGGGAAUCUCAGUGUGCUCUUUAAAUCACUAGAUGAACUUGCAGAAGAAGCAAAGAAAAGGAGUACACCAGCAUGGCGCCCCAGUGGAAUCCCAGAGGAAGACGUCCACAGUGCUGUUGUGCCGUACCUUCUGAAGCAGCGCAGAUUCCUGCAAAAGGCCAUAAAAGCAAAGGAAGACGCGAACUCGAGGUUGGCUGAAGCAGUGCUGGCUGGCCGGAAGAGAAUUUCAGACCUGCAGGAGGAGAUCAGAAAGAGGAAGGAAGAGUGGCAGGCAGUUGCUCAAGAAGGUCAGCAGAUCGUGAGCAGCCUUGAAGAGCUUUAGCGAGGAGGAAAGCCUUGCUGGCUCUUCACGAACGGAGCCCCAACUGAAAAGGUGCUUUGGAAGGCCAGGAUUAUAUAGGCUCUGAGGUGGGAUUCCCCAAAGAACUAACAGACCACAAGUCUACUGCAGUGUGGGACUCACUGGUUUCCAAUUCUUGCAGAGUGUUACUUUCACAAUCCUGCCGCUGGGCUAUUAAAAAAAGUUUUUGCUGUGUGUUUGGGACCUGGACUAUAUGACCACACUCUGGACUGUACAAGCUGGGUGGGGGGCUUUUUUCUUUUUGCAGCUGCUUGAACCUUCCUUUUCCCUUGGAAACUGAGGCGGGAGGCACUUCCCACUGCAAUAUUCUCCCAGUUUUUAUUGCUUCUCAGUCAUUCUCGUUUCUUUCUGUAAGUUGCUUCCCUGCUUCUGUUCCUCCCUACUUAACACUUCUCAAAAACUCCAUCUACGUCUUGUCCACCAUGAAGCUGAGCAACUGGUGAGCCAAUGGUAAGGUUGCCACAAAACAGCCCAUGUUCACAGCAGAAUCAUUGGGGUGUUUGGGGGGUGACCUAAGCAACAGCACCUCCCCUCUCUUAGUUUGAAGGAAGCAAACAUUUGUUAGUUACUGAUGUAUAAAGCAAGUACAACCAAACCUCUCCUCUGAAAUACUCUUCGUGUGUAUGUGUGUGUAACUUUUGAAGCAGAUUAAAACGGCAUUAUAAAGUAUUGCUACAAUUUCUGCCUUGCAUUUCUUUUAACACAAAUAUUGCCAUCUGCCCAAGCUGGAGUUGCAAUGAAUUGUGCAACAUAUUUCUGCUGUGACUGAGCUGAGUCUUCCCCGUCGCUCAGAGUGCUGGGCAAGAUGGACCUUUAGCUGGGCUUUGCUUAGGUUGAGUUGUAGCAGCAGUCCGAGUGUGUAGAAAUCUGCUUUAUGUGUCACCCAUUUUCUUCUAGGGAAAUUCUUGGUUGCCAGCCCCCUGCAAUGUGAAUGUGCUGGGUAUGUUUUGGGCAUGCUUUGCUUACCAGUGGGCUAAAGCGAGGCCCAUUUGAAUGGAAUGUGUGUGUGUGUUAAAUAGGACCCACAAUGCACUUCAACAGGCAGGACUUCGUGGCAGAACUGAUCAGGUUUCUCAAUAACGCAUCCCUAUAGAGAGGGUUUCUCGGAGCGAUGGAAUACCAGUCCCCUGAAGCUAGAGAAGGAGGGUGUUUCUCUAUUGUACAUGUCAGCAUCUGUUCCCAAUUAGAUACAAUGCUUGUGUUUGGAUGUAAAGUUGACCCAUAUUUUUCUUGUAUAAACAUGGGUUCCUUGAUUACACUGUAAAUAUAGAGCGGGGUGCCAACCAGUGCUUGUUGUUUGGCUUGCGCCACGUUCCCUGUGGCCAACAGUGGCCAGCGUGGGAUGUUUAGGAGAGCUCUUGGCUGCCUCGAGUCAGCCUCAUCUUUUCCAGAUGUAGUUCCAGGAGCCGGGGAGCAACUGGGAACUCGGGAACCAGCACGUAGGGUGUGAGGAGUGCUGAAAACAAAGAUUCCUGUAGAAUGCCACAAACGUGGAGUCUUGUCAUUGGCAAACAAACUGCAGGGCAACCGGUUCACUGCUGGCUGGCAUUCCAUCUCAUGCUGACUAUAGUCAGGGCUCUUGGCUCCUCACUGCUGCUAGAAUUUUGCCUCCAGGCCAGGCAUAUUUGGCUGAAUUUUGUGA